AGAAACCUCUAGGGUUUACCAGACAUCUACAAAACAGGUAACCUAUCUCUCUUUUAGGGUUUACCAGAGAGAAAUCUCCCUAAUAACAGUGCACGGAACUCUUAUUUGGGAUUUUAUUUAGCUUCUAUUGUUUUCCAGGGAAAGUGCUGAAAACGAAUAAUAGGAACUCUUUUAAAUAGCAGACGUCAAGAUGCAAGUUAUUCCUAGAGAGGGUGAUAAUCCUUUGUCUGUUUCUGGUCCAAGGCCAAUGGAAUGGUCUGCUGUUCCUUAUACUGGGCCUCAAGGACCUGGGCCAAAUGGAAAGCAACGGACAUCGAGCUUGGAAUCGCCCAUAAUGUUACUCACUGGUCAUCAGAGUGCCGUAUAUACAAUGAAGUUCAAUCCAGCUGGAAGUGUCAUUGCAUCUGGAUCACAUGACAAAGAAAUCUUUCUAUGGUAUGUCCAUGGGGAGUGCAAAAAUUUCAUGGUUUUGAAAGGGCACAAAAAUGCAGUACUGGAUCUACACUGGACUACUGAUGGAUACCAGAUAAUAUCGGCUAGUCCUGAUAAAACAGUCAGGGCAUGGGAUAUUGAGACAGGGAAACAGAUUAAGAAAAUGGCAGAGCAUUCAUCUUUUGUAAAUUCAUGUUGUUCGUCAAGGAGAGGGCCUCCACUCAUUGUAAGUGGAUCUGAUGAUGGAACUGCAAAACUUUGGGAUAUGCGACAGAGGGGUGCCAUCCAAACAUUUCCAGAUAAAUACCAAAUCACAGCAGUCAGUUUUUCUGAUGCAUCAGAUAAGAUCUUCACAGGUGGUAUAGACAAUGAUGUUAAGGUUUGGGACCUGCGCAAAGGUGAAGUAAACACGAAACUCGAAGGCCAUCAAGAUAUGAUAACUGGCAUGCAAUUGAGUCCUGAUGGCUCAUAUCUUCUUACUAAUGGUAUGGAUUGCAAGCUCUGCAUUUGGGAUAUGCGGCCCUAUGCGCCACAGAAUCGUUGUGUUAAGGUACUGGAAGGGCACCAACACAACUUUGAAAAGAACUUGUUGAAAUGUAGCUGGUCACCUGAUGGAAGCAAGGUUACCGCUGGUAGUUCAGAUCGGAUGGUCUACAUAUGGGAUACAACUUCUCGACGCAUAUUAUAUAAGCUUCCUGGCCACACUGGGUCUGUCAACGAGUGUGUCUUCCACCCUACUGAGCCUAUUGUCGGAUCUUGCAGUAGUGAUAAACAGAUUUAUCUUGGGGAGAUCUAAUUACCAUGGUAUCAGUGCUCGAAACUAAAUUAAUGUUAGCAAUGAGAAUAUUUUGGAGGCUUAUGGCCUAUGUAUCUUUACCCUGCAAAUUUGUUGAAUAGAUUGCAUGCCUCCUGUAGUUUUUUUGGCUGAAUUUGAUGACUUUACUGAUAAAUGCUAUAUGAUUUGCUAAUGCAUUCUUACUUUUUGCUGAAA